AUGGUGGUCACUCUAAUAGGUGUCUCCUCCCUUCCAGAGCAUCCAGUGGCACAGGUGAGCAACAAGCCAUCAUCCCCAGGUGGACACACCACCUCGUCCUGCCGGGUCCACGGCUUCUACCCCGAGAAUAUCUCUGGCGUCUGGCUGAAGAACGGGGAGGCACAGGUCCAGGACAUGAGUCGCUUGGGGCUUGUUCCCAGCAGAGACAGGACCUAUCAAACCUGGGCCACCAUCAAGAUCGACUGGAGCAGCAACACCUGCAGUGUGGCGCUCGUGAGCCUGGGUGCUGCCUUGAGAGUAGCCUGGGACAAGAGUAGGACGGGUGAGUGA